AUGACCGAAAACUUUCCUCUUGUGUCUUACCAUUCCACCCCCUCUCGCGGCACGUAUCCCGCAAAUGUAAAGCCAGCCAUAGGAGAUACGCUAACAAGUUCAGAAACCCCACCCACCUCAUACACACCAGCCACUAACUCACCGUCCAUCGAAACACGUGCCACCACAUAUGAAGAACUUAUCCAGUCGCUUGAUGUACAAGCGGACAGCUUGCAGUACCUCCCUUCUGAAGCUGAAGUUGACGAACUCUUUGAUGAAAUUCAUGAAGGAUCUUCGCUGAAGCCAUCGAGUCGUUGUUCCAGCACUCCGAAGCUUGCAUUUGGCACAUAUCGGGAAGAUAGCAUCCACACAGCCCAGGUCUACGUCUAUCUUCGUUCUCCCUCGUUCAGAAAUACUGAGCCGUCCAUGGUGUUUGGUAAGCGUUUAGCAAACGCCAAAUAUAUCGUCAUGAACACCAAGGACAUCAAUUGUGCAGACGGUACGUUUCAAGCCAACAAGUUUUGGAGGCCCUUUACCGAGAACGGCAAGCCCGAGCUCGAUGUAAUGAAGGCUGUUCUGAAAGCUCUCUUCAUUUGCAAAGGUAUUACUCUAUCGGCUCCAAUACCAGUGGUUGGCUCAACUUUCCGUUCAAACUUGGUCCUAGGAUGCGAAAUGUUCAAGAUCUCCAAGCAGAGCCGUAGUGUUUCAGAGAAGACGUCUUCUAAGCAAGUUAAUAAGAGCACGAAUGCAAUGGAUGUACCUAGUACACAGUUCUCAUCGCCAGCCAUGUCAAGCACCUUAUCAACAACUCCUCCGGUCAUACCUACGGCUCAGAUGUACAGCCAAAAUGAACGCAGCUCCCAUGUAAAUGCCGAUAGACCUCUAGUCGUUCAUUCGAGCAAGAAGCAUCGUGAUUCGCGACUCACUACCACUGAACAGGGUACAAUCAAAGUUAAAGCCAACAAAAGUGUAGCUGCCAGUAAGCUUUCCGCGCUUGAUGACCCGAAUCCAGACUUUCUCUUCUUUCCUGAAAAUCAGCUAGAAGAACUUGAGGAAGAACCUCUCUUUAUUCCUGAAUAUUAUCCAGAAGAACUCCAGGAACCAUCUGUCUCUAAAAUUACUACUCCAGAGCCUAGCAAACGUAUCAAAACCAUCCUUGAGUCGCUCUCAGCCUCACGUGAUAAUCGGAAAGACCUUACGAAAAAAAUCGAUGAAAUGUCAGCUCAGGUAGCCCGUCACAUUGCUACUCUCGAAGAGCUUCGUCGAGAAAAGGAGCAGUUCGAGGCUGAAUAUGAGCGUAAGAGACGAGCGCUCGAGGAAAGGAUCAGUGUUGAGGAUCAAGAUAUGGCUGGUAGGAUGGCUGAGAUUGAGGCAAAGUCUCAAAAUGUUCGAGAGGAGCUUGAGGUUGAGAAACGACAGCUGGGCGUAAUGACUCCAGAGAUGAUGGCUGUCUGGGAGUUGUCUCGUAAGUUUGCGUACGACGAACUUGGCAUGGAGGAAGGGUCGCCAUCAAAGCGUCCGAAGACUAGUCACUAG